CAGGAAGGAGGAGUUAUUUGCAACGCGGAAGAAACCGAAAGUGCAGGCGGAGGGGCUCGCGCUGCCCGUUCCGCAAUGGCCGGCUCCGGUACCCGGCUCCUAGAAGAUGAUUUCCAGUUCAUCCUUUGCGAGGGCUGCCAACAGGAAUCGCCCAACCUCAAGCUCCUCAACUGCCUCCACACCUUGUGCCUCAGUUGCCUGAGCAAGUACAAGCCCAUCGGGCAGUGCCCCAUGUGCCAGACGGCCAUCCCGCAGGCCAGCGGCAUCCCAGACAUGGACAACCUGCUCUUCACCAACCUGCAGGCCAGGCUCAAGGUCUUCAAGAAGAUUGUGGAUGGAGUUGACUUGUUCUGCGACAACUGCAAGAAAGCCGGUGAGUUCUGGUGCUCUGAGUGCGAGGAGUUCCUCUGCACCAAGUGCUACGAGGCCCACCAGCGCUACCUGAAGAAGGAGAGCCACGAUGCCAAGAGGCUGAUGGGCAUCAGGGCAGGGUCUGCUAAGGACUUCCUCGAGGGCACCAGGAGGACCAGGAACUUCUCCUGCUCCAACCCAAACCACAAGAGCCAUAAUGUAAGCAUCUACUGCAAGAAGUGCUGCAAGCCGCUGUGCUGCUCGUGCGCGCUGCUGGACAGCCAGCACGCCCCGUUCUGCGACAUCCACAGCGAGACCCAGCGCAGGCGGGAGGAGCUGAGCACCAUGAGGCAGGAGUUGAAGCAGAAGAGAAGCGCCUUCGAGGCCACCUACGAGGUGCUGCAGGAUGAGGCCACCCGGCUGGAGCAGGCGCAGCAGGAGAUGCGGGAGCUGAUCCAUGAGCGCGUGGAGCAGCUGGUGCGGCUGAUCCGUCAGGAGGAAGAGGAGCUGCUGGGGCUGGUGGAAGCGCAGCAGGAGCAGGGCCGGCGGGAGCUGGCGAGGGAGCUGCAGCGCGUGGAGGGGGUGCUGCAGCGGAUGGAGGCGGGCGAGCGGCUGGUGGAGAAGAUGAACCUCUACGCCACGGAGCAGGAGGUGAUGGACAUGCAGCCCUUCAUCAAGGACUCGCUGGAGGAGCUGCAGCGGCUGCAGCUGGCAGCGGCCGGGGACCGAGCACAGCCUGGGGACUUGGCCGAGUGCAGGGCACGGCUGGAGGCGCUGGUGGAGCGUGUGACCGGGCACCCAGAAGCCACCCCACCUCCAGCCAUGGAAAACUCCCACCAGGUCUCUACCUCCACUCCCGCAAAGAGGAAGAAAGUCCAAAAUGUGAAUGUCCUGACAUCGCCGGUGAAGGUGAAGGUUGAAGACAACGAUGAUGGGUGGAACCAGAUGGUGCCGCAGCAGCCGAGCUGCUCGGACCAGCCUGGGACCGGCUGUUCCGUGUUCCCCAUGACUGUUGCCAAGGAGGACAGCCUGCUGGAAGACGUGCCAGAUGGCAACAGCGGGCUUCACAAAUCAGAUAGCAAUGUUCUCUGCUUGGACAACUUUGAAGAGGACAGCACCGAUGAGGAGUCAAUGGUGAGUACAGCUAAAGGGCUUUCAGUGCUUGGCCCUGCAUUGCUCACUGUUCUAGCAAGAAGAGGCAGUCUUGCCUCUUUACUCCACCUCCAGUGGCACUUUGGUGACUGCAGCGCCAUGGAGAACGCCAACGUCGUGAAGUACCUGUGCAAGGUCCUGGACAUUGACCUGGUGAAGAAACCCAGGCUGAUCCUCAGUCAAGCCAGCCUGGAGUCCUUCAUCUCCCUCCAGCCCUUGCUGGCCGAGAAGCUCCUCACCAAGCGAUCAGCUCAAACAUUGGCCACCCACAACAUCAGCCUCUCUGAGCUCUGGUCCUGCUACCAGCACAACCCCGAGAAGGGGCUCCAGAAAGUGUGCUGUCUCAUCAACGCUCGCUGGCACGGCUCCAAAAAGGAAGUCCGAAACCUAAGCAAGGUCAAGGUCUACUUCCAGCACCAGGAGCAGCGGGCUGAAAGCCAGAAGACCCUGACAUGCAGCAAUUUCCCAAGAGCCAUAAAAAGUGAGGAAAAGUGUUGAAAAAUGCUGAUGCCUCUCCAGUACUCAAUUUCCCUCUCACCCCAGGGGAAUGAGUCCUGGAGCCUAACCCUGGCUCACGUCAGUAGUUUCGACUUCAAUAUUUCCUGCCUGCUCUUGCCUGAGGUAUGAGCCUGAGUCUCUGGGGUGUGGCAGUCUCUUGCUGUCCUCUCUCAUCUGAAUUUGUGCUAAGGUGAAGAGGUGAGGACACCAGCUCGGCUGGGAGAUGUCCUGGCUCUGAUCCGACACCCUGCAGCCACGCCGUGCCUUUGUUUCCCCCCCGGAUGGAUCAAGCCAUCUUGGGAGAAUCGUUUCUGGUCUGAGGUUUUUUUUUGGGGGGGUCAAUGGGAUCCGAAGCCAGCUGGAGAAACAGCAGGUGGGGAAACUGGUUUGGAAGGACCGAGGGUGGUGGUCAUUGCUGGGAAGGAGGUUGGGCAGAGCCACUCUGUUCCUGGGUCACGGCUGAGGGAAGAACUGAAAAUCCUCCUUCGGUCAGCGGGAUCCAGCCCCUCUAGCCUGGGGUAUGAACCUCCUAAGUGGGCACACAGGGUUGUGGUUUUCCAACUUCUCCCUCUACUUUCCAAGCUCAAAGACAGCUAGAGAAUUUAUUGAUCAGGGGAUGCACCUCAUUGUUCUUUGGCUCCUGUGCCUGCCUACAGAUGCAGAAGAAAUAAAUCAUUUUCCUAAUUCAUUGUGCAUUGCGAAUGAUUUCCUUUUGCUCCCCGUUCCCACAACACCCACCUGCUCAAGGAGGCAGAUGUUCAGGGUGGUGGGUGCUGCGGCAGUGGGUGCCUUUGCAGCAUGAUGGAGCCUUGAGCCCACAAUGCAGCUGAGAGAAACACGAUGAGCAUGGGACGACCCAUGUGCGUGAGACGUGCAGCUGUCCCCAAGAUAGGCGUUGGCUUGAAGACAAGCAAAAGAGCACCGAGAGGUCCUGUUUGCUCAGGGAGGUGCCGAGAAAGCCCGUCAGCCUACUC